UGACCUGCCCGGCGUCUCCCCCCACGUGACUCCGCGGACUCCGGCCCCUGACCAAGAUGGCGGCUACGACGGCGGAGGAGCCGCGCAGCUCUCCCGAGUUGAGAGACGAGGGGGUCCUGGGCGCUCUGGGGGUCCUGGGGGACCUGGGCGCUCAGGGGGACCUGGGGGACCUGGUGGACCUGGGGGAUGAGACGGGAGCGGGGGCAGCAGACGGCGACGACGCGGAGGAACUGUUCGCCAGCACGGAGAGCACCUUGGAGCCCAGCCCGUCCAGCCCGGACGCGGGUAGCCCCAGCGAGGAGGAAGACGACGAAGACGACGACGAGGCGGUGGCGGCGACGGCGGCUGGGCCACAGGGGCGACUCGGGGAGGCCCAGGGGACCCGGGCCCCCGACCGCGGAGAGAGCGGUGCCGCCGCCGCCGCCGCCGCCGCGACCCCGCGGCUGGAGCAGCAGCCACUGCUGGAUGACAGCGACGGCGACGACUUGUUCGGCGAUGGCCCUGAUGAGGAUGAUGAGGAGGUCCGCCCGGGGGGGCCCCCUCCGGGAUCGGCUCUGCUGGAGUCGCCCCCCCUCGUACCGCCAGCCCCAGCGGAGCUACACCAGAGACCCCCAGCACAGGACGCACAGCACUCACACAGCAGCACUGACGAGGUGGAGGAGGAGGAGGCGGGGGACAAUGUCUGUGACCUGGUCGUCAAUGUCACUGAGCCUGAGAAAGUCGGUGAUGGCAUGAACGCCUACAUGGUGUAUCACGUCAACACCAAGACCUCACUGAGCGGGUUCCGCGGAUCGGAGUUUGGGGUAAAGCGCCGAUUCAGCGACUUCCUGGGGCUUCACUCGAAGCUGUCCACCCGGCACGGCGCUGUGGGGGUCAUCGUGCCCCCUGCGCCUGAGAAGAGCGUCAUCGGGAUGACGAAGGUGAAGGUGGGGAAGGAGGACCCCUCCUCCGCGGAGUUCGUGGAGAAACGGCGCUCCUCGCUCGAGAGGUACCUGCAAAGAGUAGCGAAGCACCCGACCCUCCUGCAGGACCCAGACUUCCGCGACUUCCUGGAGCGCGAUGAGCUGCCCCGUGCUGUCAGCACUCAGGCGCUGAGUGGAGCCGGACUCAUGCGAAUCGUCAGCAAGGCGGCCGAGGCUGUCAACAAGAUGACCAUCAAGAUGAGCGAGCUGGACCCAUGGUUCGAGGAGAAGCAGCUGCAGUUUGAGAGCCUGGAUCAGCAGCUACGGAGACUGCACGGGAGCGUGGAGGGGCUGGUGGUGCACCGAAAGGACCUGGCGCUGUGCACGUCUGCGUUUGCGCGCAGCGUGGCGAUGCUGGGCACCUCGGAGGACCACACGGCGCUGUCGCGCGCGCUCUCCCAGCUGGCCGAGGUGGAGGAGCGGGUCGAGGGCCUGCACGGCGCCCAGGCCCAGGCCGACUCCUUCCUGCUGGCCGAGCUGCUCGCCGACUACGUGCGGCUCAUCGGCUCCGUGAAGGCCGUGUUCGACCAGCGAGUGCGCUGCUGGCAGCGCUGGCAGGACGCGCAGGUCACGCUGCAGAAGAAGCGCGAGGCCGAGGCGAAGCUGCAGUCGGGGGCCGCAGCCAAGGGGGACAAACUGCAGCAGGCGCGCGACGACAUCCACGAGGAGGUCACGGAGUGGGAGGGCAAAGUGGAGCAGGGAGAGGCGGAGUUUGAGUCGAUCUCCAAAACGAUUCGCACUGAGGUGGCGAGAUUCGAGAGGGAGCGAGUGAGAGACUUCAAGCACGCGGUGGUGUCUUACCUCGAGGCCCUGGUGCACACGCAGGCACAGCUGGUGAAGUACUGGGAGGGCUUCCUGCCCGAGGCCAAGGCCAUCAUCUGAGUGCCACCUCCGUGUCCUCCACGCUACCACGGCACGCGGCCACCACGCCCCCCCGGCACUCGGCAUAGACGCCAGGGCUCGGCGUGGGUCAGCGCAGCGACACAUGGGCUUACGUGGGUGGCCUCAUCUACUCCACGGAACACGCUACAACGCACACUACACACCGCACUACACUACACACCACGCUAUGCUCUACUACGCUGCACACUACACACCCACUACAUACUUCAUACCGCCAUGCUACACACCGCACUACACACAACGCUGUACACUGCACUUCACACCGCAACCACAUACUACACACCAUGUUACACACCAUACUACACACUACUCUAUACACUACUACGCUGCACACUACACACCGCACCGCAUACUACACACCAUGCUACACACCGCACUACACACCACGCUGUACACUACACACCGCACUACACACCACGCUGUACACUACACACCGUACUACCUCCACACCGCCAAGCUACGCACCGCGCUACGUACAACACACUGCCACACUUCACACCGCUCUAUACACUACUACACACCGCCACAUUACACGGCACCUUACACUAAACACACCUCACCAUCACCACCGAACCCAUGCGACGUCAAACCACGACCACAAAAACUCACCACCGCACACCACGUGGCCACCGCUGGCCGCGACCCCUCUUCUGCCUUGGCCACCGGUGGUGUGUGUUGGGUGUGUUGGGCGUGCGGUGGGGGAGGAGGGGGCUGGGUCCUGGUGGUGGUAGCAGCGGCAUCAGCCAAGCAGGCUUGUGCCACAACCAGCGUUACCAUGAACGACAGACAGCUAAUUAACGCCAAGGCGGGGUGGGGGGGGCAAG